AUCAACACCAACAGAAGACCAUCUUUCGGGGACUCUUAACCACCUUAAGACAAUAGCUAGAAUGAAAAGAAGAAAAUAUGAUGAUAAAGUAUAUAGUACAAGACAUAUUCGUCGAUUGGCAAAAAAACAAACUGAUGAGGAUUUACGUAAUAUUGCUGCAGCAAUAGAAACUUCAGUUUCUUUGCCAUCACAUGUUACAAGCGAACCACAAACUUCAAGUACAGAUAAAACAAUAGAAUGCAAACAAUCAUCAACAAAUACAAUUAAACAAGAUCCAACUUUGGAUGAAAUGACAAAAGAUAAAUCAUCUGUCAAAAUGCAUGCAGUUUGCAAGGUUCCUUUUUCAGAUACUUCAACGGAAAUUGAAGUAAAUUAUCAUGCAGUUCAGUAUUCUAUAGAUGUUAAAGACACCGAAAUAAACGCAAUUAAUGAAGAAUGCGACGAUCAUCCCAUGAAUACUUCUGAAAAAAUAAAUGAUAAUAUUGAUUGUAGUUUGAGUUGCAGUGAAUCAGAUGAUUUAUCUAGCAAAAGUUGUGACGAUGAAAUUGAAAAUUUAAAUCAUGACCAAAAAUUUGUUAAUACGAACGAUUGUGAAGGGAACAUAAAAACUGAAGAAAAAAUUCUUAAAUAUCUUCAAGUAAUAAAAGAAGCACAGAAGAUAUUGCUACAACGUUUAAACAAAAUUGAUGGUUCAGUAAGUAAUUUACAACGAAGAAUAAAAAAUUUUAAAAGUAAUAGAAUACAGUAGGAAGCAUCCAGCACGGACUUGUUCGAUGAUGGUAGAAUGUUUGUAGAGUCUUUCUUUCCUGUGGACAAUAAAGCAAAAAAAAUGGAGGUCACAGAAGCAGCUUUAUUAAAGAAGAAAAAUGCUUUAGCUUUGAUUACUUUUAUAAAAUCUAUUGGCGGCAAAAAUGCACGAGAUGGCAUUAUUACAAUUUUGUCAAGACUCGUUACAGAUAGGGUUUUAGUUGAAUAUUCCUAUAAGGGUCAGGGAAAAAGUAUUAUAAAAUAACGAAUAGACCCAACAAGUGCUUCAAGGAUCUUAUGAUAUGUAAAUGCAUUUACGAGGCCGUACAAAAAAAAUACAAUGGAGUUAACGAAGAAAUAAUGAAAGAAAGCGUUUCUUCCUGGCUCGAUUCAGCUGGAACACGACUUAGAAAGAAAUCUAGAAGUUCUUCCACAAGUAAAGGUUUCAAACCAUUAGAGUUAAGCGCACUCUAUGAUAGUGACACUGAUUUAAAAUAGUUAUUAUUUUAUUUUUUAGUUAUUUAUAUAGUUUUCAGUUUUU